AUGCGGAUCUCUUCGUCUCAACCCGAUUGCGAGCGCGCGCCCUUGCUCACAAGUGCGCAUGCCGCCCUCGGCGGCUUAUCCGAAGAGGAACUUCGCGCGAUGUCACCAUGGCAGAGGGUGCGCGAAACGACCAAACGGAACUGGAGAUACUUUCUCUUGCACGCCAUCCUGCACUCCGGGGAGCACAUCCGCUGGACUCCCUGCGGCGCCAGGACCAUCGCCGACCGCACCCUAGAAUGCGCCAGCCUAACCGUCCCCAUGGACCACUUCAACACGACCAACAAUCUCCCCGACGACAAAUCCUUCACCCUCCCCCUCGUCCGCCUGCGCAGCCGCAACCCCACCUCGGCCACACGCAACCUGCUGCUCAACCCGGGCGGGCCGGGCGGCUCGGGCACCGCCAUCGUUCACCGCCGCGGCGCGCAGCUGGCCGACAUCGUCGGCGACGGCUUCCACCUGAUCGGCUUCGACCCGCGCGGCGUGAAUGGCUCCACCCCGCGCGCCGCCUGCUACCCGACCGUCGACGACCGCCGCGCGCUGUCGGCGGUGCGCGCUAAAAGGGUCGUCCAGGACAGCGGCGAGCUGUGGGCGUGGACGCAGGGCUUUGUGCAGGCUUGUGCUGACACCAUGGGCGACCAUGGCCGCUACAUCAAUACCCCGCAGACUGCGGCCGAUAUGAAUGCCAUUCUGGAUGCGGUCGGCCAGGAGGGGUUGUAUUACUGGGGCUUUAGUUAUGGCACCAUUCUCGGCCAGACGUACGCCACUAUGUUCCCGGACAGGGUGGAGAGGGUGAUUGUGGAUGGGGUUGCAAACCAGUUUGAUUGGUAUGAGGAGCUGCUGGAUGCCGAGAUGUUGACUGAUACGGACCGGGUGCUUGAGGGGUUUAUGGAGGAGUGUGUCAAGGCUGGGGAGGCUGAUUGUGCGUUGGCGGAACUGGCAGGGACUAAAGAGGAGUUGUUGGAGUUGGUGUUGAAGGGGGUUGCUAAGCUGGAGGAUGAGCCGGUCGGGGUAUAUGUCAAUAACACUGCGUUCGGCGUGCUGGACUACUGGGCGAUCUGGCAGAAUGGCGUGUUUCCGGCACUGUAUAAACCGGCGACCUGGAGGGACUUGGCAACUAAUCUGGCUUUGUUGCUGCGUGGCAACGCUACGGCUGCGUUCCUGUCUUACGGCAGAGAGGAAGCUUGGGAAAGCUUGGGCGAUGCGCUCAAGUUUGUCGGCCUCAAUGACGGCACGUCAGGGCCUGGCAAUUGGCCGGCGGACCGGGCUGAGCUGGUUGACCAGUUGCUCCCUUUCUUUAACCUGUCCCUCUUCACCGACAUCCAGUACGACUACUACUUUUCCAAGCAGGCCUGGGCAAUCCCGCAUACGCACACCUUCGUCCCCAAGAAAAAGGUCAAAACGGCACAUCCGCUAUUACUGCUCUCAACAACAUGGGAUCCUGUUUGCCCCAUGGUCUCCGCGAAAGGGGCGAAUGAGGUGUUUGAGGGAUCCCAGAUCGUGGAGGUCAAGGGAUAUGGCCACUGCACAAUGGCUCUACCCUCCUUGUGCGUCGCGCAUCAUGUGCGAAACUUUCUGUAUGACGGCAAGCUCCCGGAGGGGCCUGUGCAAUGCGAAGCAGACGGUAAACCGUACUUUUCGAAGCCCGAGGAAGUAUCAUCUUUAGCCCAGUUUCAGACUCUGGGAACAGAGGACAAACUGAUUUGGCGGGCACAACAAGAACUGGCGCGAGACUCAUGGCUUGGGCCUUGGAGAAUGUAG